AUGUGCAAUGUAAUCAUUGAAUUAUUGCCAAGUGAUCAAUUCGCUCGUCUAUUCCUUAAACUCGGAUUCUCCAGAGCUGAUUUGGAAAUCAUCGAAUCCAAAUUCCCUGGCGGUUACAAUAUGUCUAAACGCAUUCGGGUUGCCAUGGAGGCUUGGUCAGGGCUUGUAUUGGACAGGGAAUCGAGUUCACAACGGCCUAGCUAUUAUACCUAUGAAGGAAGUCGAUUAUCAAAAACACUGGGUAACUCUCUUCCAAUUAGCACAGCCACUCUCAACACUACCAGUAAUUCAGACCCACAAAAAGACAAACUUCAGGGCUAA